UGGAAGAAAUGUCGGAAAUAAACCUCCAAAUACCGCAGAGCUGCAGACAACGAUAAGCCUGCCAAGUGUCGCCUCAGUGUGGACAAUUUAUGGUGGGUGUGUGAGCAGAGAGCUAGCUGUUGAUGACUAGCUAUAAAGAUUCUUCGCACGGUGGGUGACGGAUCUAAGCGGAGGCUAGGAAACAAAGGAGGCAGGCAAAAAGGGAGGAGUAAAUGAGAGAGAGGGAACGUGCAAUAGAUAAAGCUGCAGCCAGGACCAUGAGCUGCACCCUUGUGACUGCAUCUUAUGAUUCGCUGCCUGCUCAGUUGAGUCCUCAUCGGGUAAAAGAUCAACACUUUGCUCGGAGGCUUUCAUCUCCACAUGGUUUGGGAGCCCGCACCUCAUCAGCCGUGCCUCGUCGUCCUUUAGCUCUGCCUGGAUAUCCACUUUCUUUCCUCCAGGAGCCAAACAACCUCAACAAUCAUCAUCAGCCUCUCUCCCUGUCACUGGGUUCCAAAGCCUCGCUGGCGCCCCCUGUGCCUCAGGCAGACCCUGCCCCACCAUGCUGCCAAACGGUGGGCAUUGUGCCACUGCUACGUGUGGCACUACUCAUCUUCAGCUGCCUCUUCUGGGCAGGCGGGUUGGCGAUCUUCACCUUAGGAGUCUGGGCACAAGUGUCCCUGGCUGACUACAUGCUGCUUUCAUCUAACCACUACCCCAACGCUCCAAUGAUACUCCUAGCUACAGGUGCUGCUAUCACCUCUUGGGGUUUCCUGGGUUGCCUGGGUGUGGCAGCCAACUUGCCCUGUCUUCUCCGCAUCUUUGGAUUCUUCCAGCUGGCUGUGCUCAUGGGGGGAUUGGCUGCUGGACUUUCAGGACUCUUCUACAGGCAAGACAUCGCUGGAGGUUUCCGCAGCGGGCUACAGAGGGCAGUGGAGGGCUACGGAGAUGACGAAGGACGUGCUGACGCUCUGGACAGCCUUCAGAGGGCGCUGAAGUGCUGCGGGGCAGAGAGCUGGCAGGACUGGCUCCUGUCUGACUGGGCUGUACAGGAUGCUGUAUCACUGACAAGUAGCUCAGGCAAUGACACGGAUUAUGUGUCUGUACCGGACAGUUGUUGCAUACGGCGCAAAGGCUGUCAGAACAGGCCGUUGCCAGAAAGAGGAACUGGUAGCAUUGAAGGUGUGGGGAUUCACCCACAUGGUUGCUUUAAGAAAGUCUUUAGUUUUGUCAAUGAUAACAUCUUUCACAUUGCUGCUACUGUCCUAACUCUUGCUUUUACCCAGGUGGUGGGUAUAAUUCUGGCAUGCCUGCUCGCCAACCGCCUACCUUCUCAGCCUCAUAGGCAAGGCCACUAAGAAAUUCCAGGUCAGUAUCAGUUGUUCUAUGAAAAGCCCUGUUUAGAUGGACGUAGACUGUACUUAGAUACAUUUUAAUCUUAAAAAAAAGCAUUUUUAGUAAAAAAAACAAAAAACAAAAAACAAUCAUUAAUAGCACUUCUCUACCAAGCAGUGUGGUUCAGUAUGGUUCAACAACAAAUCCAAACCCAGGGCUGUUUAUACACUGGCCUGUCCUUCCCCACCACAUAACCUGAAAAGUAGAUUCCAGUUUCUUUGGAGGUUGUCGAGUCGUAAUGAACUAUUUUGAAACAAAACAGAAAUCCCAAAUGUCUCCAAAAUGUGCACUAUAUGUGAGGGUACUAGAUAGGGUGUUCAGCUCCAUUCUUACAGUAUAUCUAAUAUAGGAAGCAAAUCAUUUGAAUAGGAAUUCAUUUGGGAUUUGUCAUAGAACAUGUAAAAGAAAUGUAAAAUAAAUAAUAAUAGUGAUAAGAAAACAUUAGAGUGGGUAAAUAAAUACAAACAAAAUCUGCGAGAUUCAAUUACUGUGAUGUUGCCAGACUUUUUAAAAUAGCAAGAAAAUUUGGUAGGCUUCCCCUACUAUCCUUUUGGUGUGUUGAGAGGUGAGUUUAAUCACAAACUCAGUUUGUCAGAGUUAGAUAAGUAGAUGGUUUAGAUUCAUUUUUAGCUCUACUCCUAUGUCCCGGAUCAGGUUGCAUGGCACCUGGGCAAAACGGGUAAUGAAUUUUAGCAUGGUUAUUUAAGUACAGAACGGGUGGCAUGGUAGUGGAAAUAGCAGUAGCAUGGAGUAACUAUGGGCAGUUCGACGAGCUCAGUCGUGCCGCACCAUCUGGUAGAAACACUAUAAUGUUAUAACGUAAAGCAUCGUAAGGUUAAAUGGUGUCCAAUAAAUGUGCAAAACAGGACCAAAAACUGAUGUGAAGAUACAAAGGUGUUUUGAGCAUCGGCACAAACAAUGCAUUCUGAACGAUUCUCUGAAACCCACUGUUAUCUAUACUGCAUAAGAUUUAUG